ACAACUUUUCAUUUCUAGUUCAAUAACUCCUUAAUGUACUCUCUCUUAUUUGCCGAAAACUCUUUUGGAAACUCGAACGAUCGUAUGGAAUAGCGAUUUUUUGUAAGGAUGAGCGCCAACGGAUGUAACGUGUAUUUGGGGGAAUGGUACCAAAAAGAGGCCGACUUAAAUCGCCAGCUAGUCGUCAGCUUUUUUCCUAGCGAUAACUCGGUGGAGUUAAUUGAUGUGAAAACAAGAAAAACGUUUCUCCGGCGCACUAAGAUCGAGGAGCUUUGCGAAAAAGAUUUUUUCAUCGGCGCAAAACUGCUCAUUUUCGGUAAGCAGAUCGACAUUCUUGACUUUGGUGAUGCCAAGACCAGAAGCAAGAAGGCCAACGAGCAACUAUCCUUCGGUAUGAUUAAGGCCGAAGCUCUGCUACACUUGGGAGAGAUACUUUCGAAGAUUCACGAGGUGGGCCUCGGUGUACGCCGAUUGGCGAUGUUGAAGAUCGAUGAAAACUAUUCCUCCAUGCUCAAAUCCGUCCGUUCGGAUACCUCCAGCUUAAGCUAUCUUAUGGACUGCAUGCCGAGUCAAUCAUUCGUAGCCCUUGAGAUCGUUGGUAAAAACGCGUACAAUCAAUAUCGUGAACUAUGUGGCCCAGAGUCGGUAUCAGAAGCCAGGGAAAACGCUGCCACCACAUUCCGUGAACGGAAAAAACGAAUCGCCGCAAGAACACGAAAACUGAACACUCCGCAGCCGAUCGAUUUGGAUGUUCUGAUAGAGGACAGAAUAAAACAGUUGAAGGAUAACAGCUUUAUAUUUCUCACCUAUGCCUUCUCCAAGAGUAGUGAACAAUUUACGCCCAAAACAAUUCUCGAUGAUAUUAUGGAAGCUUACGGCAAUGUGGAGAAGUAUAUGCUGAAGUUUGAUCGUAUUCGUUUAUCAUACCAAGAAAAUCUUGCUGUCGACCAUGGAGCUAUUCGCGGCGAAACGAAUCUGGAGGCAUUGCGAGCAUACUGCGAACGUUUUUGUAAUCAAAUGAUGGAACUAGAAAAGAUACAAGAAUCACAUCCUCUGGGAUUGCUGCAAGUAAAACAAGUUGCAUUUCGCGAAGAAAUUAGUCCCAUCUGCCAGCAACUGCUGGCAGUGUUGGAUGAAACGAUUCCUUGCUUGGCGAUGGAAAAGAUCAAUUUCGUAAAGCAAAAAGGAGAAGAAAUACAAACCAAGCUGAUGAUUGUACCGGAGGAAACCAAUCAUUACAUCUACUAUUUCAACCAUCUGGAAGUUUGCCAUGAACACCUAGCGAGCUUGCAAAAGGAACUAAACUAUGCGCAUGAUGCGCUGAAGAUCAUGCAAAACUUCAAAGUGGCAUUCUCAAAUGAAGACAAAGACAAAUAUUUGGACAUGGAAGAAUUUUUGAAUGAGAUCAGGGAGAUGUUGAUAACGAAAAGGGAUCAGAAACAGGAUCUUAUCAACAAGUUUGAUCUAUGCUUACAAUCAGACAUAACAAAGAUCUUUUCCGAAGUGGAGGAAAUCCUAGAGGAGGUGUUGAAGGAGUGGCUGCUCGAUUUAGCCUCUGACCAAGCCCGUGUUCGCGAUUGUUUGAUUGAUCUUUCCGAACGACUCACCAUGUGCCAGCGUAAAGCGCAGGAGUACAAAAAAUAUCAAAAAGAGUUUCGGCUUGAGGUUACACGAUUUGAAAAGCUCGAUCUAGUGAUUAAUGAAGUAAAAUUAAGGCAAAUACUCUGGGAUAGCGUGCAACAAUGGAAAGAAUCGGUGGAGAUUUGGAAUGAGAUACACUUCCACGAAUUGAACAUGGAAGAGGUAGAAGCGCUAAACACUAAGAUUCUAAAAAAUUGUGCCAUGCUGGACAAAAACCUUCCCAAGAAUGACAUCAUCCCGAAAUUGAAGGCAGAAGCGGAGGAAUUUAAAGACAAAAUACCGGUGCUGGGAUUUUUACGUAACCCGGCACUAAAAACACGCCAUUGGAUCAAGAUUGAACAAAUUCUUAAUCGACAUUUAACAGAGGAAACGGAGAUAUACCUUCACACGUUUGAAGAUGCGAAUGCUUUUGAAGAGGAUAUUGCAUCAGAACUCAUGGAGGUUUCAAACAUGGCGAGUGCCGAGGCAGGACUGGAAAUGCUACUCAACAAAGUAGAGAAUGCAUGGAAGGAAUUCGAACUUUGCGUCGUCAAUCAUCGAGAUCAUCGUGAUGUCUUUGUCUUGGCCGGAAUAGAAGAAAUACAAACUGUUCUGGAUGAAUCCAGUAUAAAUGUGAGUACCGUGGCAGCUUCGAGGCACGUUGGCCCUAUCAAACCAAAAGUCGACGAUUGGGUAUCGCAGUUGGAUCUGUUUUCGAGAACGCUAGACGAAUGGAUGCUAUGUCAGCAGUCUUGGAUUUAUCUAGAAGCAAUCUUCUCUGCUCCCGAUAUUCAACGUCAACUGCCUCACGAAACUCAAAUGUUCGUGCAGGUCGAUAAAGCAUGGAAGGAUUUAAUGCGUCGAACACACAGGGCACCACUUGCCUUGGGCGCAAUGACUGCCGAAGGUGUGCUAGAGCAGCUGCAAGUUAAUAACGUCUUGUUGGAAAAAGUAACCCGUUGCUUGGAGGCCUAUCUGGAGGUGAAACGGAUGGCCUUUCCGCGGUUCUACUUUUUAUCCAAUGAUGAGCUGCUGGAGAUAUUGGCCCAGACCAAAAACCCUUUCGCAGUGCAACCGCAUCUGCCAAAGUGUUUCGAUGCGAUUGCUAUGAUAGAGUUUGGUGAGAAAACACUAGUUUCUGGCGAGGAACCAGUUAUGACCAACGACAUCAAAGCAAUGGUGUCACCGGAGGGUGAACGCUUAGAGUUUGGUCUAGGCUUGAAAGCUCGUGGCGCCGUAGAGGAUUGGUUAUCGAAGGUUGAGGAAGCCAUGUUUUUGGCGGUGAAACGCUACAUGCGGCAAGGCUAUCGUACAUACGGUCUGAAAGAUAGAUCCUAUUGGAUGCAGGAACACCCAAACCAGGUGGUGCUCACUGUUUCCCAGCAGCAAUGGGCCGCAGAUGUGCAUAACAUACUGGAUGGAUCAGGAAAUGUUGACAAAGGAUCCGAUUUUGAGUGGCUCAAGAUGUUGCGCUACUACUGGAUAACCGAGACCGAAGUGAUGGAGACGAAAAUGGCAUCCGCCAAUUUGCCGUAUUUCAACGAAUAUCUAGGUGCUGCUGGUGUGCUCGUCAUUACGCCCCUAACAGAUCGAUGUUAUCUUUGCCUAAUGGGAGCAUUGCAAAUGGACCUAGGUGGUGCUCCUGCAGGACCGGCUGGAACGGGUAAAACGGAAACUACGAAGGAUCUUGCCAAAGCCCUUGCCAUCCAGUGCGUAGUAUUCAACUGUUCCGAUGGUUUGGACUACAAAAUGAUGGGGCGAUUCUUCACCGGUUUGGCACAAUCCGGAGCGUGGUGUUGUUUCGACGAGUUCAAUCGGAUUGACAUCGAGGUGCUCUCGGUUAUUGCACAGCAGUUAAUCACGAUUCGUCACGCGAAGGCGGCCAAGAUGAAACGUUUUCUCUUCGAAGGACGUGAAAUUCGCCUCAAGCCAUCCUGCGCUGCUUUCAUUACAAUGAAUCCCGGUUAUGCUGGGCGCACAGAAUUGCCCGAUAACUUGAAGGCCUUAUUUCGUCCAAUUUCGAUGAUGGUCCCGGACUAUGCCCUGAUCGCUGAAGUGAUUCUUUACUCAGAAGGGUUUGAAGGGUCGAAGAUGCUCGCGAAAAAGAUGGUGCAAAUGUAUAAGCUUUGUAGUGAACAAUUGAGCCAGCAGGACCAUUAUGAUUUUGGGAUGCGUGCGGUCAAAAGUGUGCUUGUGAUGGCCGGAGCUCUAAAACGCGCCUCACCUGAUCAACCAGAAGAAGUAACACUGAUAUCAGCGCUCCGUGAUUCCAAUCUUCCAAAGUUUUUGGCCAACGAUGCCGUUUUGUUCAACGGAAUUUUAAGCGAUCUGUUUCCCGGCGUGGACCUACCGGAACCCGAGCGUGGUGAUUUGCAAAAGUCGAUCGAAACGUGCAUGGUAGAGCGCAACCUUCAACCGGUACCAGAAAUGGUACGCAAAACUUUACAGCUAUACGAAACGAUGGUCGUGCGCUGGGGAGUUAUGCUUGUGGGACCGACAGGGAGUGGAAAGUCAACCGUUUUGCACAUGCUAUCGAAAGCAUUUGAAAAGUUACAUGCGGAAGAGAAUCCGGAGCCACUUUUUCGACCAGUGCGUAUACAAACACUCAAUCCAAAGGCCAUCUCCAUGGAUGAGCUCUAUGGUUUCGUAAAUUUGGCCACCAUGGAGUGGCAUGACGGGCUGCUUGGCUUGGCGAUCCGUUCGGCAGUGAGUGUAACGGGCACGCAGGGUUUGCAUUUGAUGGAACGAGGAGAAGCUAAGCAUUAUGUUUUCAAGAUGUUCACCUGGAGCCUACUGUGGGCGUUUGGAGGAAAUCUGAUGGACGAUUCCAAGGAGCGGUUUGAGCAGCACUACCGCACGUUGCUGACUGGAGAGCAGAUAGGACUGUUACCAAAAGACACGCUCUGGGACUUUCGCAUAAACACAAAAACGCGUACCUGGGAAAGCUGGAAUGCGAUUCAUCCGAAAUUUGUCUACAAUCCGACAGUGCCUUAUUUCGAUCUGCUCGUUCCUACGCUCGACACGACUAAGUACAGUUUUGUUUCGGAAAUGUUACUCCAGCACCAGUACCCCGUGAUGUACACCGGUGAUACGGGUGUCGGGAAAUCCGUGCUAGCACGUGAAGUUCUCAACCGGUUGAUGCAGAACGAUGUUAUACCCAUUACGGUGAACUUCUCGGCACAAAGUGAAAGUGCUCGUACACAGCAGAUCAUAGAAUCGCGCCUUGAACGUCGCAAGAAGACACUCCUUGGUGCACCAAUCAAUAAGAAAAUUGUCGUGUUCAUCGAUGACGUUAACAUGCCCAAACUAGAUAGAUACGGUAGCCAGGCACCGAUUGAACUACUGCGUCAAUUUGCCGAUUUACGUGGUGUGUACGAUCGGGAGAAAAUGUAUUGGAAAGACAUUGUAGAUGUAACCCUCGGUGCUGCCUGUGCGCCGCCCGGAGGCGGCCGGAAUGUGCUAACUCCACGAUUCAUCAGGCACUUUGCACUAUUUUCCCUACCAUCUCCCAGCAGUGAUACACUCAAAACUAUUUUUAAAGCAUUGCUAGGAGGCUUCCUGAACGAGUUCAGCAUGGCCAUCCGCCCGCUGGCGGAACCGAUCGUUGAGACGGCCGUGUCCGUGUACGAGCGGAUACUAGCUGAACUCCUUCCAACACCGAAGAAAUCACACUAUGUAUUCAACCUACGGGAUCUUUCGAAGUGCAUCCAAGGAGUCCUGCAAGCCGAUCCUUCCAGCUACAUUAAUCCGAUGCAGUUGAUGCGGCUCUUUUACCACGAGGCAUUGCGUAUAUUUUAUGAUCGAUUAAUUAACGACGAGGACAAGGCAUAUUUUAAGCAACUGUUGCAAGAUUGUUGCGAAAAGUACUUCGAGACAACGAUUGUGCAGCCUGAGGAAACGAUUCUGUUCGGCGACUUCAUGGUGUAUGGGCAAGCUGCAGAGGAUCGCGUAUAUGAGGAAAUUAAGGAGAUGAAGAAACUCAAGACAAUACUCUCCGACUAUCUGGAAGACUACAACGGUGCUAUUGGUACAGAAAUGAAUUUGGUAUUUUUCACUGACGCUAUCGAGCAUAUAGUACGAUUGUCCCGUUUGCUCCGAUCGGAACGUGGCAAUGGUUUGUUGGUCGGCGUGUCGGGUAUGGGAAAGCAAAGUCUAGCCAAGCUGGCCGCGCACAUCAAUGGUUAUCAAUGCCACCAAAUUGCUCUACGAAGGGGAUAUGAUCAUGGUUGCUUUCAUGAAGAUCUGCGUCGAAUCUAUUGGAUCGCCGGCGUGUUGAAUAAGGCUACCGUGUUUCUGAUUACCGACACACAGAUUGUGCACGAAGCGUUUAUGGAAGAUAUUAACAAUAUACUGAACUCUGGUGAAGUGCCGAACCUUUUUCAAGGAGAUGAGUAUGAGAAGAUAAUUCUGAAUGCACGCCAACCCUGUAUUGAGAGCGGGUUUUCCAACCAGACGCGUGACGGCAUUUUUGAAUUUUUUACGAAACGAGUUCGAUCGAACCUUCACGUGAUUAUCUGCAUGAGUCCUGUUGGGGACACUUUCAGGCGUCGUUGUCGUAUGUUUCCUUCGCUGGUGAAUUGCUGUACCAUCGAUUGGUUCGUUAAAUGGCCAGCAGAAGCACUCCGUAGCGUGGCCAUAGGGUCUCUGAAGGACGUAUCAGAGAACGAAGUGCAGUGCAAGCAUCUGGCGCAGAUCUGUGUGAUGGUACACGAGAGCGUAGAAAGCAUUUCGGAACGAUUUUUUCGCGAAAUGCGCCGACAUUACUACACUACUCCCAGCAGCUAUCUACAGCUGCUUCAACAAUACCGUUUGCUGGUGCAGAAGCGGAUCGAAACUAUCUUGCAUAAAAAAGAUCGAAUAGCGAACGGGUUGAGCAAGAUUUUGGAAACUAAUCAGGUGGUAGCCGAAAUGGGGGAGGAGCUCAAAAAAUUUGUACCGAUUUUGGAAGAAAAGACCAAAAACAUGAAUGAGCUAGUCGCAAAGCUAAACAAGGAUAGCGCCAUGGCGAAAAACGUGGAGCAGAGUGUGGCUAAGGAUGAAGCUGAGGCAAAAGCGAAAGCCGCUGAAACUCAAGAGAUCGCCGAUGAAGCAGCCAAGGACUUGGAAAUCGUACUACCAACUUUACAAGCAGCACAAGACGCGCUAAAAUCGCUAAACAAAAACGACAUUAACGAGCUACGUGUAUUUCAAAAACCACCUAAAUUGGUACAGUUUGUCAUGGAAGCGACCAUUGAAAAGGUAUCGAAAGUCGCCAAGUCGAUGUGUCUGUGGGUAAUUGCCAUAGAGAAGUACGCAAAAAUUUAUAAAAUAGUAGAACCGAAGAUAAAACGGCAGAAGGCAGCCGAGAAAGAACUUGGCGAAGUGAUGCAGCUGUUGAAAUCGAAGCAAAGCGAGUUGGCAGAAAUUGAAGCAAAAAUAUCAAUGCUACUAGCGAACUUGGAAGAAAAGAAGCGUGAAAUGAAGCUGCUGCAGGACCAUAACGAUUUAACGGCUGCCCGUUUGAACCGUGCAGGACGACUUACAUCCGCACUGGCCGACGAAGAAGUUCGUUGGCGUGAGACCGUGAAACAAUUAACGGCAGAACAUUUCGCAGUUCCCGGCGACGUACUAGUGGCAUCGGCAUACGUUGCGUAUUUGGGAGCUUUCCCAAUCGACUACAGGCGCACCCUUUCAGAGAUUUGGGUUUCGGAGUGCAAGCGGUUAAACAUACCCAGCAGCCCAACGUUCAAUCUGGUUCAGAUUCUAGGCGAUUCGUUUCAGAUACGCGAAUGGAGCAUACAUGGUCUGCCUCGUGAUGAAAUUUCGAUUGAAAACGCCAUUAUCGCGACCGAAGGUGGACGAUGGCCGCUGAUGAUUGAUCCGCAAGAACAAGCAAACCGUUGGAUUCGUAAUAUGGAGUCUAAAAACGAACUAAAGAUUAUUAAGUUAACUGAUAGCAAUAUGAUGAGGGUGCUGGAAAUUUGCAUUCGACAAGGCAUUCCGGUGUUGAUAGAGGAUGUACAAGAGACACUCGAUCCCGUUCUGGGAACGGUGCUGAUGAAGCAGGUGUUUCUGCGAAAUGGCAGGUUUAUGAUCAAGCUAGAGAUCAUCAAAAUUGAGCUACCACAAAUGGAAAAGCAGCGAAGUGAUUUGAUCAUUACAAUCAACGCUGAUAAACAACAACUACUCCUGCUGGAAGAUAAAAUCCUUAAGACUUUGUACAGUUCUCAGGGUAACAUCCUCGACGAUGAGGAUUUGGUGGAAUCACUCAACGAGUCCAAAGAAAUGUCGACCAUAAUCGCGGAUCGUCUAAUCGAAACUGAGCGAACGGAAGUCAGCAUUGCUGCAACACGUGAAAAGUAUCGAAUCCUUGCUGCCCGUGGUGCAAUUCUGUACUUUGUCGUAGCUUCUCUUUCAGAAAUUGAUCCCAUGUACCAGUUUAGUCUACGAUAUUUUACGCAAGUGUAUUGCUCGGUAAUUGAACAACCCCACUCCAAGAUGGAGCUGCAGGAACGCUUGGAAAGUUUGAUGGAUGGAAUCACAUUCACCGUAUUUGCAAACAUAUGCCGCGGACUCUUCGAGAAGCAUAAAUUAAUUUGUGGUUUUCUGGUGGCUUUUGCGAUCUGCAAAGAGGCCGGCGAAUUUUCCGAAGAAGAGUUCAAUUUCAUUGUGCGUGGCCCAUCUCAAAGGAAGUUUUCUCUCGAUGGCAAACCAACAUUCCUAACGGAAAACCAAUGGAUUGCAUGCUGUUUUCUCGAGGUGCAUGAUAGUGCAAAGUUUGCCGAACUCACGAAAAAUCUUAGCCGCUCAAUCAUGGUACAAAUUGAGGAUUUUAAGGAGGACCUUUGUUUGGCCCCCGAACCAGAGGAUGCAAUUGUGGACUGGAACAAACGCUUGUCGGUCGCGGAAAAAUUGAUGCUUGUGGCUGCCUUGAAGGAUGAGUUUCUUGUACUGGCCGUGACCGAGUUUAUCCGCCAUUCACUUGGAAAAAGGUACACCGAACCGCCGAAGAACACUAGCUUAGCUUCACUGUAUGCCGAUAUUUCAUCAACAACACCGCUGGUCUUUGUGCUUUCCGCGGGUUCGGAUCCAAUGACGGCGCUGAUCAAGUUCGCCCAGGAGCGGGAAUGUGUGGAAAAGCUUCAUUCAAUAUCGCUCGGACAGGGACAGGGUGCUGCGGCUGAAGCAUUGAUAGAAGCUGGAACAAAAGGAGGCCAUUGGGUAUUCCUGCAAAACUGCCAUUUAGCGACGUCCUGGAUGGAGUCGAUGGAGAAGAUCGUUAACCGGAUUUCGUUGGGUUUGCAACCGACUGAACCCGGCUAUCGAUUGUUCCUUUCCUCUAUGCCGGUGCGAACAUUUCCGAUCAGCGUUCUGCAGAACUCGGUGAAGGUAACAAAUGAACCCCCGAAAGGAUUACGAUCCAACUUGGUACGAUCAAUCACGGAGCUGGAUCGGACUUGGUUUGAGUUUCACGCGCUAGGAGCCCAGUGGCGAGCGAUGAUCUUCGGUCUGUGCAUGUUUCAUGGUGUGAUCUUGGAGCGUCGUAAGUUUGGCCCUCUCGGUUGGAAUAUUACAUACGAGUUCAGUGAAAGUGAUCGAGCUUGUGCGCUUCGUACACUCGAUAUCUACUGUGAUCGUGAAAAUCGAGCCCCUAUACCAUGGGAUGCCCUGGAGUACAUCAAUGGGGAAAUCACGUAUGGUGGACGUGUGACGGAUGCUUGGGACCAGCGGUGUCUUCGUUCGAUCUUGAAACGUUUCUCAUCGUCGACAAUUUUAGUGCCAGAUUAUAGCUACAGCGCUAGUGGGUUUUACAGGUGUCCUGAUGGAGAAGAUGCCCGAAAAAUGGACGAUUAUCUGGCGUAUGUGACGAAUUUGCCGAUACAUGAUCCACCAGAUAUUUUCGGCAUGCACGAGAACGCCAAUAUAAUUUACAACCGCAACGAAACACGUUUCUUCUUGGACACUCUGCUGGAAAGUCAGUCGGGCGGAGAUGUAAUGGGAGAGGAAGCCUUGGCAGCGAUGGAUAAGAUGUGUUUGGAAAAGAUCGAUUCGAUACGUAAAGCCAUCGCCACAGCUAUCAUCUGCGAUGAUCUUCAUCCCAGUUUAUUACAACGAGAUUCCCGGGAUCGCAUUCCUUCGUUAACGACGGUACUGCUGCAAGAAGUCGAGCGGUUCAACAGGCUUCUAAUGACUGUGCACAACAGCUUGAAUGACUUGGAGAAAGCCAUCCAGGGCUUUGUGGUAAUGUCUGAGAGCCUGGAGACAAUCUAUCGUGCUUUUGGUAAUAAUCAGGUACCGCAACUGUGGCACUCAAAGGGCUAUCUAUCGACAAAAACUUUGGCCAGCUGGGUAACGGAUUUACAGCACCGCAUCGAAUAUGUGCGCGAUUGGUGUAUGAGUGGGUUGCCAAAUUCUUCGUGGAUUUGUGGACUGUUCUUUCCGCAGUCUUUCCUAACCGGGACGUUGCAAACCUAUGCCCGGAAGCAUAAUAUCCCAAUUGAUACGCUACGUUUUGAUUUCGAAGUAAUGGGGACAAUAUUGCAACAAUCCGUGAUCUAUGAGUGUCGCUUGAAAAAGGACAAUGAUGAACUGUACGAGAAGCUUUGCCCACCCGAGGAUGGUGUUUUCAUUCAUGGACUCUUUAUCGAAGCCGGACGUUGGGAUCGUGCGGCGGGUGGCCUGUGCGAUGCUAUGUUCCGUCAGCUAGUGGCUUACCUUCCAGUGGUAUGGUUAAAACCUUGCACAACUCUCGAAAUCGGUCAACGUUACGAAGCGCCACUGUAUAAAACAAGUGCCCGUGCUGGUGUGCUGUCGACAACCGGUCAGUCUACGAAUUUUGUGCUUGCGGUUCUGUUGGAUACGGAGCAGCCGUUUGAUCAUUGGGUUCUUAGGGGAACCGCUUUGGUAACAUUGAUAACAGACUGA